GCAAACACAUAAUAAAUAUAGCCCUUCUAUUACUGGUCGGAAUAGAAUAAAGACUAAUCAUAUUUACGCACAGUACUGCUCACUCUCUUUUUUUACUGUAAAAUCUUUAUAACAAAAAAAAAAAAAAAAAAACCCAAAUACUAUUAUACCAUCGAAAGCUCAAGAUUGGUUUGUUGUGUACACAAACAAAACCCACCGCCACAACCAAAAUCCAGUUUUUCUUUUUUCCCACAAAAAUCCAUGGAAGAAAAAGAGAAGAAGAAGAAGAUCAACAACCAAAACAAGAAGCAAAAACACCAGCACCCAAAUGACCAAACCACAAAAACUUCAGAUUUCUCUUUCAAACCCAGCUCUGAUGUAAAAGUUAUUGUUUCGGCGGGCAAUUCAUUGUUAAAUCCUUCUAGGCCAUUAGAACUCCUUCAACUCCUUUCUUUCCCACCCACAACAAGUACCAACAUACCCACACCCACUAACAACACUAACACCACAACCAACAAUUACAGUGGCAAUAAAUCAAACACCAAGAACGCAAACAACCAUAAGCUUCUGUUCCCUUCAACCACAGCUUUCUUGCCCACAAACUUCACAAUCUUGGCUCACCAUGUUUGGCGCACACUCACUCUCGGGCUGGGAACCAAGAAAUCCAAAGUCCUUCUCUUCGUGUUCGAAACCGAUAGCAUGAAGGUCUCGGUGGAUGGGGUUUGCCCAUCGGAGAUUCCGCUAGGCGAAGUGAACAAGAGGCUGGUCAGGGGCUUGACUGGGUGCGAGGUGGCUCGGCUCAAGUUUAGAAAAGGGUGUGUCGAAUGACUAUUAUGCCCCUCCUUCGUCAACUUUAACAUCAAUUUGAUAACGGUAGGGACUAAUUUGUAAUUAUCUUAUACAUCAGAGUUUCGGUUAUAAUUACAAAAAACGUUGAAGGAGUGCAAACGGUGGGGACUAAUUUGUAAUUAUGAUAUACAUCAGAGUUUCGGUUAUAAUUGCAAAAAACGUUGAAGGAAUGAAGUGUAAUUAAUCCUUCUUAUUAUUAUUAUUAUUAUUUGCUAAGACAA